AUGGAUGUGCUUGCCGCCCCUUGUUUUUGGGCACUGUUGACUCCGGAACAGUUCCGGUUCGCGUACUUGCCUGAUUCUGUUGCACAAACAGUUGUUGGUGACGAUAAACAGUCAGUACGAACUCUUUUACAGAAUCGAUCGCUGCUUGAUUUUAUUCAUCCAGAGGAAUUGAGCAUCGCCCAAGCUGAUCUUGAACGAUUUUUGCGUGUCAGAACUUUGGCAGGCUCAAUAACUAGAUGUCGACUUUUGUCCUUCGAUCACGUUUCUGGUUAUCAAAACGCACGUCCUACACCAGCACACUCUACUCGAGCUUUGACUUCUGCGUCAAGUCAUAAUAGAGAGACAAAAUGUGUCCAUUCCUCUGUUUAUAUUGCUAGUAGCUCCGUUGAAACAUCCUAUGCUGGUAUCAAACCUUCCGAAAAUGACCAAUGGCAAAUUAUGGAUAUCGUUCUAUAUAUUGCUACUGAAAGCAUUCUGCUGGCAUUCUUUCACAACACAGGAAAUUGA